AUGACCUCCGAUAGUGCUGAGCAUCGAGCUCGAGACCCCGCGCCGAAGGGAAAAUCCCGCAAAACCGAUCCGAAUGCCCCGGUCCGGAAACGCCGCAAGAGAACGGUGGUCAGCGGGGCCCCCGACGACUGUUUCGCUUGCUCCAAGCGAGGAGCGCGGUGCGAUCGCCGCCGGCCGUAUUGCUCACAAUGCCUGGAAAUGGGUCGCGAAUGUUCCGGGUACAAGACGACGUUAACAUGGGGUGUUGGGGUUGCAAGUCGAGGGAAGCUCCGGGGGCAAAAACUCCCAGUGAUGGAGUCGGGCGAGCAGGCGCAAAGAGAGACUGCGAAAUCACCACCCAAGACAUCAAGUAGUACUGCUGCGUCUUCUUCACGGCUUCCUUCACAUACGCCAGUCCCGCCAGCCUCCGACCCAACCAUGUCGUCUUUCAACGCAGGACCCAAUAUCAAACUUGAAGAUAGUCCGCCGACCAUGAUGAACUCAUUUGACAUGGGAUCGAAUAUGGCCUGGACAAUGGACAUGCCAGAUCCACAGACGUGGAGUACGCCAGCUCCUGCGCCUAAGAUUUCCGGGCUCCCGCUGCCAACACGACCAAUGAUUUCAAAUAACACAUCUCAAGCUAUGACGCCUGAGACGCCCCUACUCUACGCUCCCAUUCACAGUCCGACGGCGGGUUUCAGCUCCCCAGUUUGGUCCACUGCAAUGUCAUACCCAGUCCAAUCCGCCACCCCGCCAUCAUCACAGGAUAUGGACGAAGAGGAGGUGAAAAAAGACCCUAAUUAUAACAUGUUCUGGAACGCUGCGCAUUCCCCGUCCCUCUCACAGCUUCUUUUGGCAAGAUCAGUGGGUCGGACACCGCGCAUUCGAUAUCUCAUCAGUUAUUACGCUGAAGUCAUUGCACCAAUGAUCGUUGCAUUCGAUACACCAACAAAUCCGUUCAGAACCCACGUCAUUCGUCUGGCGAUGGAGAGUGAGGCUCUCCAGGAGGCAAUUGCGACCUUGUCUACGAGUAACCUGCGCCAAAGGCGAGAACACAACCACCUCUCGACAGAAAGAACCUUACCCGCACGCAUGUCCUCCAUGGCCCACCGGGCACUGACCGAUGAGGACUUCCAAGAUAGAUACGGUAUCUCCAUGACCGAGGGUUAUAUCAGGGAAGAAAACCACCAUCGCGGCAUGGCCGUCAAAGCCUUGAACGCGGACCUUGCAGAUCCCCGCCGCAGAUUGUCAGAUUCAGUACUGGCAACUUUACUGAUCCUCUGCCUUUUCCAUGGUUGUGAUACCGGAGUUGCUGGUUUCAGAGCGCAGUUUGCUGGUGUCACAAGACUUCUCGCGAUCCGAAUGCGCCAUUCCCGCGUCAUGACGGACGAUUUGAAAUGGUUCAUCCGAAUGUUCUCGUGGUUCGAUACACUGACAGCAACGACAAACGAUCGAGAUGUCCAACUUCGUGGAACGUGUCUGGAAAUCAGCUCCAAGACAGACGGUGAAUGGGGCUUGGAAAAUUUGGCCGGCUGUGACGGUCGUUUGUUCAAAUUGAUCUCUCAACUGGGUCGUUUGAAUUUGCUCAGCCAGGACCAAGAGCCUAAUCUAUCACGCCCCCGGGAUGCAAAUGUUGCCACAACCUCGUUACCCCCCAACAUGAUUUUCCCAGGAUGGGAAAAUGUCGUCCCAGAUCCUGGGCUAGGCUCUGUUCCACUUUCAGGGCAACCCUUCUCUCUUCCGACUCCACCCCCAAGUAGCGAUUCAAGCCGUCGCCCUUCUUCCCCGGCAUUUUGGACAGAGUGGUAUUCGCUCAGGCAGCGACUUGAAUCCUGGCGAUUCGACCCACCUACUGCACCAUCUGCACCAUCCGAGGCCUUCCCUUCACCACCCUUGUCGGCAUCUACAAUGACCUGGAACGCAACCACGUAUUUGACGCCGAUGACUUCGACAUCCGCAUAUCAGGUUGCACCCGAAAACCUCCAGGAUGUUUUCCAAAUCUCAGAAUGUUUCCGGCACGCAGCCCUCCUUUACUGCGAACGUCUAGCUGAGCCUACUCUUCCGUCCCGGCAUGGACGUAUCCAACACCUUGUCCAGCUCGCCAUGCACUGUAUCAUAACUGUGCAGUCAGAUGUGUAUCUCUUGUGGCCACUUUUCAUUGUCGGCUCGGAGUGUGUUCAGGAAGACCAUCGUUCUAUUAUUCGCAAUCGCUGCAUUGAUAUCUCCAAGGACUCCGGCUUUAUCAACAAUCUUUCCUGCCUGGAACUUCUUGAGAAAAUCUGGGCAGAGCACUCCGACGAGUCCUCAUUCCCAAUCUAUCCCAGCGAGUUUGCUGCCCCGCCUCCGCUGGCAGGUGGCAGGGCACCUACUACUUCACAGGCUUUCCGGUGGUCCCAAGUCAUGCAGGCCAAGCGGGGCGACGGAGAGUAUAUGGUCGCAUAG